AUGCCUACGGCCUCAGGCCUCCCAGACAGUCUGAUACCCACACAGUCCCAAAUGAGUAUCAAUCACUCAGGAUGGAUCAAUAUGAUUCCGUUCCCUCAGAUGAGAGAAAACCUCAUUCGCUGGGAGGGAAGUUUUAUUCAUUGGGACUUUGUGAGCGAUAUCAUAGGCAGUAUACUAGAAGCUAGUCUGUUCGCCCAAUCGGGGAAUUCCAUCUCUGCCAGAGCAGAUUCGGAUGCAGAGGAUAUUAAAUUCAUAUCUAAAGCGAAUCAGGAUGACGAUGCCAGUGAAAGAAAUGGUCUUGUCGUUUGGGGAGAGCCCUAUAUACCUGAGAACUGGGAGGUCACACCUGGAUUUCUUACAAAGUGGGCGUGGACAAUGCAUGGAUGCCAUGAACUGAUAGCCUCAACUAAUCAUUGGAGAAUGAUCAGAGGGGAAAAGAAGCUUCGCUUUCCUAUCUUCUAA